AUGCUCCUUGUAAUAGUUUUAAUGUUUCUCGAAGUGGCAAAACCACAAGAGGUAUCGACCCGGUCUAGUUUGCUGGGACUGAGAAAGCAACACGCUUUUGAAGUGAACGAGUAUUUAAAGAAGUUGUUGAGUCCUGACCCCACUAGAAAAGGUCCAGUUCUCUUCCCCAAUGACGCUCCGCCACCACCGCCAACCCCUCUCAUCGUUACAUCAAGACCUCUAAUAGAGUCGAUAGCCAGGAGUGAGCUGAAUCCAAAUCUGACGGGUAAUACAAUAACAGAUCAGUCCCAGGUCAACACGGCGUCUCUCAAGCCAAGUUACCUCGGCAGGAUCACUCACUACAAGGCCAUACCUUUGAGGUUGCCGGCCGUCCAACCGGCUUCACUGAGAAGUGGUGUUAGUUAUACAUUAUCACCUACAAUUGCGUCAAAUGUUAUUGAUCAUGACUACUCCUAUGACUCAGUACCAUAUAUGGAUAUUGUGAAGAAGUCUGUUUCGAGGAAUUCUGGGUUUAAGGAGAGAUAUCCUAAGUAUGAUGAAACAGCUACGUUACCACCGAUAUACAACGCGAUCUCGCAGCACGCACAACAAAAUGCGUUGAAAACUCGGCAAAGUCAUCCUGUCUACGAUUAUCAAUCAAAGCAACAAAUAAAUCAGUACGAUUCCAACAACUUCUCGGAUGAAGGGAGUAACUCGCAAAACGCCGAGGAUAAGAACUACGCGUUCUCCUACAUAGUAAAAGACGAAAAGACCGGCGACGAUUUCUCCCACUCCCAACGCAGCAGCGGUUCCGCCACAAACGGAGAGUACCGAGUUCGAUUACCCGAUGGUCGUUUACAGAUAGUUUCGUACACUGCUGAUGAGAACGGAUAUAAAGCUGAUGUGAAAUACGACGUGGACAGUACUGGAAACAGCGUUGAAUACAGUACUCAGAACCAACAAAAAAAUGCAAACAACCGCAAAGAUUAUAACGAAAACUCCAACCAGUUUACUAAUAAUGCAGCAAAAUAUAGCAGCGGAAACAACAAAGUGUAUUCUAAUUAUAAUUCACCAACAAAAGUAGAAUUAUAUCAAGACUUAUCUAAAGAAUAUUAUAACGAUUAUUCUUCAGAACAUGGAACUAAAAAUUAUGAUCCACAUCAAAGUAAAUUCGCAGAUUUACUAAAAGAGAAAAAAACUGAUACGGUCAGUAAUUUAGACUUCAAAACAAAUUUCGACCCGGAUUACCUAACAUCAACACUAAAACCUAAUUACCUAAAACUAACAGAUGUUUUAACGAAAGCCUUGCCUAAUGUACAACCAACGUUCAAUUAUAAUUAUCCUAAAGUAGAAACAACAACAGAGAACUUUGUACUAAUUGAUGAUCGAAAUCGAUUUACUAGUCCUAACACGCCAUCGGUCUCGCCACACUUUAAUAGUUUUGUGGCUUCCACUCCUAGAAACUACCUAGUUUCGACUAUCGCUAGUUUGAAAGAUAGAGUAGGGUCCAAACCUCUAUUAUCCGAUAGCUUCAUUAGCAGAAUCAACAAGUAUUUAUCUUUCAAGUGA